CUCGCCAUUUAUGAAAAAGAAAUUAACGAGGCAGUCUGACAGAAACGACUGGACACCACAAUAAUUUCUGCAAACAGUCAUGUCACAAUCGGAAAGGUAGCGUUCAAGGUCUUGUCAUGUUGAGCAUGGUCUUAUGUAAAUGUUUGUGAGGUUUCGCUGAUAGGCAUUUCGUGACGACCGAACACAGAUGAUGAUCAGCCCGAUGAAGGAUAACUCACUGUUCCAUAAACAAUGGUGAACAAAUGGUGGACAAGACAAAGUUUCAUGUGAUAUGGAGUAGCUGAAAACAUGUCUGAGGUAACUGUGCUACAGACUGAAGCAGAAGUAGGGAGAACGGAUGAGGAGGAUGCAUCGGAUAAACUAUUCCUGGGGUCAAGUGAUACAGACGACUACAUCAGCUCAGAUGAGGAAUCCACUCCAACAAGGGAGGACAACUCCAGCAAUUUACUCAGCUAUGAUGCAUCAUCUGAGCCGUUGAAUCUUUGUAGCAGUGAGACCAAGGCAAUGUGUAAUGGUGCCAGAGACCCGGGUGAAAUGCCCUGCACAGAAAAUGGAACAUUGUUAGAGUAUAGUGAUCUAAAUGAAGAGGACAGAAAUUCAGAAAAUACAGGAUAUGACAGCUCUACAAAUAUUUGCUACGAAGAAUUUGAUGGAAUUUACUCAGGUUAUAACUCUUGUGACAAUAGUUCCCAUGGUGAUCUUCCAGACACUAGUCACAGUUCUGAUGAAUCAGUAACAAAGCGGGAAUCUCAGAACGGGAUAGAGGACAGCCAAGUAACAAAGCGGGAAUCUCAGAACGGGAUAGAGGACAGCCAUGGGCACACUUCCAAUACCACAGGCACCAAUGUUGAAAGUCAUCAAAACAUUUGUGCCAAGAGAGAGAACUCUGCCAUAGUUACUGACACUGAGCUACUGAAAACAGAUGUGUAUGGAUGUGGGUCUUGUGGGCAACAGCUGAGUAGUAAAAGUGGACUACGUAAACACAGGUGUUCACAGACAGCAUAUACCUCUACAAUCAAUGCUGAGUCAUCUGAUGAGCCUGAAGAGGAGGCAGCUCCCCCACUGAAGCAGUCCCGGUGUGACCUGAAGCCCCACAAGUCCUUCCAGUGUCAGCUGUGUGAGAAAAGCUUCAGCAGCCAAGCUAACUGUACCCGCCACAUGAGAAAUCACAUUGGUGACCGACCCUUCUCUUGUGAGGUCUGCUGCAACACAUUCAAGAUGGAAAGUGACCUCCACCUUCAUAUGUCAUGCCACAGUGACCAGACAUACAGUUGUGACAUGUGCGGCGAAGAAUUCGCUAGGCAGGAAUACCUGAGGAUACAUUACACUGAUGAGAGGAAAGCGUUUGCGUGCAGUAUAUGUGGCCAGAAGAUCCAUAGCUGUAUGGCAUAUCGGAAUCACAUGACAAACCACCAGGGCGACCGCCCACAUGUGUGUGAGAUAUGUGACAAAUCUUUCCCACGGUCUAUUUACCUGAAGCGACACAUGGCAGUGCAUUGUGGGAUGGAAACUCACACGUGUGUGCAGUGUGAAAAAGUCUUCUUAGAUAAGAACUACCUGAUCACACACAUUCAAUCUGCUCACAGUGGCCUGACGAACUUCCAAUGUAGCUAUUGUGAGAAAAAGUUUUACAAUACUGGUGCACUGACCAACCACGUGAAAACUCACACACGCAAGAAACUGUUUAAGUGCCAGGUGUGUAAGAAAGUUUACCAGAGUAAAAAUGAAUGGCGGUCACACUCAAGGAUACAUACAGAGAAACACCAGUUCUACACUAGUAUUUUGGAGGAAAAGGCAACAAGUGACAAUGAUCAUGCAGAAAACAGCAUUAAUUUUAAUAACAAAGUAGACAAGUCAUCAUCACCAAGGGCACAUAACUCUUCCAAGACUGUGGGUGUAAUGGUGAUGAAAGUUGACAAGGAAGGGAAGCCUGCUGAGGCCAAGGUUACAGUUUCAGGGUCAGGAGAAGAUGGGAAAGAGCAGAGAGACAUAGGGACAAAGAAAGAGGCCGGUCAAGAUGCUGUUCCUUCUGAUAUGUCUGUGAUUGUGGUCAAAAUCAAGCAAGAAGAGAAGGAAAUCGACAAACGAUCAACUGCUUCACCAAAUGACGCCAGUUCGCCAAGAUACACCUCACUUGCAUCACACACACCAUACAAUGGUAUUACUGAAAAGUCUUCUCACCCUGGCAAUACAAUCACCCCUCUAAUACCAGACGAUACAAGUGACCUACAUGAUGACCUUGACCAGGUGGUGACCUUGAACACACCAGAAGGGGUUAUGUACCAGUGUAAGGUAUGUGGGUACCAGACAAGAAUUAAGCAAAGCAUGUUAAAGCACUCCAGAUCUCAUCGUGGGAAGAAACAAAGCUGUAGAUUUUGUGAUGCAUUAUUCGCAGAUCAGUACAGCUUACAACAUCAUUAUUGCACAACUCACGGAGAGGAAACUUUUGUGUCAAGGGACCUUGUGCUCAACAAACAUGCAUCGGAUCCUGGACCACAAACACACAGACAUGAUCCACAGAAACUCACAUCAAAUGGCACUCUGCAUAAUCUCCCAUUCCAAACAGAAUCCAACUGUCACCAACCCGGACAGGAAUCACUAUCCAGACCAGUGUCGUCUGAGCUUAGCUACAGAUGUGAGUGGUGUGGAAAGUCAUACGAGAAAUAUCAGCUGUAUCUUGACCACUGCAUGACAUCACACGCUCAGAGAAAGAGCUACCAGUGCUUGAAGUGUCAUGCUAAAUUCUCCUGGAGGAACAGUCUGCAUCAGCAUGCUAAGUUUUGUAUGAACACAGAGAUAGAGAUUUACAAGUGUGAUCAGUGUCCCUCCGAGUUCAAACGCAAGAGGGACUUGAAAGUUCAUGUGGAAGGCAAACAUGGUGAGACUGAGAAACUACAUACAUGUUCUUGCGGUAAAACGUACAAAUGGCAGUCAGGUUUAGCCAGGCACAGAAGUAAAUCUGGCUGUUCUGUGGAAUAUGUCAUACACCCAAGUAAGUUUAGGGCCUAGAGCAACAUCUAGCUUUAUAUGUUUAUCUGAUUAUUCUUAUGAGGAGCAUGGAUCUGUUGAAACUGAAAAGUAAUUAUGUGUUUCUGCAUUUACUAGGAUUUUGUCAUCAUUCACAUCAAAUUCAUACAUUUUUUGUUGAUGGUUUAAGAGAAAGUAACCAAUGUGAAAAUUGAUUACAGGUGUUGUUUUAAAACAGGUUUACUAUUUUGUGUAAAUCAGGCUCUGUAAUGAUAGAAAAAGAUGCACAUUGUAAGGCCAAAAUUGAUAUAGCCAUGCAUUACUGUGUGUGCUAGUAUUUAAAGUCAAAAAAUGAAUGAAGUAAAGUUAUUAGAUUCUAAAAAGUAAGUGUUUGUAGACGUGGUGGAACCUGAAUAAAAGUUUGGUAGGUUUGGCCUGUUGUAAUGUUGCUUUAUCAAUCUGUGAUCAUGUACUGGUGGACUCCGAUGCUUUAUCAAUCUGUGAUGUACUGGUGGACUCCGAUGAUCACAGAUGUCACCAGCAAUAUUUCAUAAAACAUAUAAAGAAAAAGAAAAUAUGUUGGGUAGAUAUAGAGGUAGGAUUCGUUUUAGUAUAGUGUAGUCUCAAAUUCAAUCAUCAGAGCCCCAUUCUAGAUACCAAGGUGCUAUACCUCUGUUUGAGAUGUCAUAAGUUAACUCACAUGAAUAAAAAAAAUUAAGUCUUUGGUCAGAAUUUCAUGAAUUAGAAGGUGGUACAUUUAUAGAUUUAACGACAGGCCAAGAGCUUACUUUUGUUUGGCAGUUUUAUAAGAUUAAUAAAACCAACAUGUUUUCUGUCUAGGCUAUUGCCCUGUAGUUUUUAUACGCCCGUCAAAUUUGACGGAAGUAUUUUGGUAUGGGGUUUUCCGUCUGUCUGGCCGGCAUAAACUUUUGUUUGUCUGGCA